GGCCCCCAAAUGUAUCUUUCCGUAAUUUUAAUAUGAUCUGGUGACGCCUCCAUAAUUGACAGUGAAACGUUUAGAAAAGGGGGCAAAAGUUAUAGAAAAUAGUUUGGGGGUCGAAGUAAUUGGAAGAGGUAAAAAGACGUCCGAGAAAUUGUGUAUUUACACUGCUGCUAGCCGGUCGGUAGGUAAAUGCUGGAUUUAAUCCCACAAGUGGCCGCUAGAGGGAAGCACUCGAGCAGAGACUCCGCACGUAUAACUAGCAGGGAGCGCUUACAUCUGGGCAGCAUUCAGCUAGAUUUCACCGCCUCCGGGCCGCGUUCCGACCCACCUAUGCCAUGGUACGGCUUUGGCUACAGGGGGUUUGAGCAGCUGGGAUUCGGGCAGAAGCUCAGUCUCGACCUCCCGGAACCAAUUCAAUUAGAAGAAGCAGCCGCUCCUACAGACACAGAAGUGACCAAAGCUGUGCCCGCAUGGAGUUACUCUGCCUUCGUGACAGAGGAUGGAUCCCUGCUUCUCUCUGGCUCCAUCGGUGCAUCCCCCCACAAAUAUCUCAGCUUUAAGGGGUUGGAUUGUGUUGAUGUCCUACCUACAGAGAAGUACCUUCUGGUGCAACUGAAAGAGCGCCUGCAGUGCUGGGAUACUCAGGCAUUCAUUGCUGAGGGACCACAUGCAGAACCCAUGUGGAAAAUGGAUCUUCCUUCUGCACACAACUCAUUAUUCCCCUUGGUAACCAAUGGCUAUAUAGUCCCUAAACCUCCUUUCUUCAGGGAACUUCCCAGUAAAAUCCAUGCACGCAAGCUGGCUCUAGGGAACGAGCAUGCCGUACUGCUAACGUCAGAGCUGACUGUGCUCACCUGGGGAGCUGGAAGGCAUGGCCAGCUUGGGCAUGGAGAUCUGGAGGAUGUGGAAGAGCCUCAGAUUGUAGAUGCUCUGCAUGGGGUGCCAAUGAGUGAAGUUGCUGCAGGAGGCUGGCAUUCUGCUGGCAUCAGUGAAAGUGGGGACAUUUACACGUGGGGAUGGAAUGAAUCUGGCCAGCUUGGACUUCCCUGCAAAACUCAGCAAUGUUCAGUAAGCACCAAACAGUCACACAAAGAAGAUGAAAUGGGGAACACUGGUGAGUUCAUUACAAUUCAGGCCUUCCCUGCCUUGAUAGAUCUACCUCAGGAAUCAGAAGCAUCCAAGAUUAGCUGUGGAUCAAGACACACAGCAGCUGUAUCCCGAUCUGGAGAGCUGUAUUCAUGGGGUUGGGGUAAAUAUGGACAACUUGGACAUGGGGAUACAGAUAGCCUGGAUCAGCCAAAACUAGUGAAUUAUUUUUCUGUAAAGCACCUUUGUGUUAAUGAUGUGAUUUGUAGAAACUGGAGCACAUAUGUAUUCUGCCUGGAAAGCUUAGAGGAAAAAAAAAAAAAAGGAAUCUUUAGUUAGGCCUUGAUUUAAACACAUUGCCUUUGUUGAAUCUGUUCACAUGUAUACAACAAGACAACAAGACUGUCAUUCAUUCAUGGGAGGGGUUGUUUUGGUAUGUGGUCAGUAUCCUUGGUUGGGGGGGCGGGGGUUGGUUGUAGGGAUGGGGCAUGAAACCUGCCACUUUGAGAUGGGGGUGUGUAACAUUAAGUGAAUAAAAAUGUCAACCAAUUUAA